AAAACGAGGAAAGGGUUAGUACUGUACCGUAUGGAACUAACUAACUGGUCAUGGUACCUGUACCGUAAGCUUUACUGCUCGUCCAAAAAGCUCAAAGGAUCCAGACUGUAUGAAGCAUGACCGUACCACGAGAAUAUGAAUACCGCAGAGAACAUCAAGAUAUAGAACCUAUGGCAACGCCGGAAAGACACGCGACCACUUUGAUAAGAGUAAACCAGCCAAGAACAAACGGUCAAACUACAGUAAUACCACCACCAUCUUGCUAACCAAACAAGCCAACAAUCGCUCGGGACCAUCAGCAAAGCCAAGGUUCCGUUGGAUACGAACAUCCAAUGCGGUUGUUGAUCUCCUUUCAUAAUUCCAAAAACGAAGAGAUCAAGAACAACAAGACAACAAAAACAACACCUUCCAUCGGAUCUUUUAUCAUAUACCCACAGAAACUUUCAAGAACAUCUUUUUUAAAGACGAGAUAACAAAGAUGAACAUCACAAGCGCAUCAUACCCUUACAGUGGGGAUAUUAGUACCACUUCCUCUUUGAUGGGAGGCCAAGAAACCUGGCUGAGGUCUGCUCUGAACCCCAAUUUUGUAUCUGGAAAGGCUUGGGGGUUGGACAAGUAUGCUGAUUUCGAAAUGCCUUUUGACAAUUUGAGUGAGACGUGGCCAACGGUGUUUCUUGUGGUUGCUCUCUACCUCUUGAUGGUCUUUACUGUCAAGCCACUCAAACAGCAACCAAGUCCAGGAAAGGCUUGGAUGCCAAAUCUCAACUUGGUGGACCUGCAGACCUGUCGUCAUGCUUGGAACACAUGCUUGGCCCUUUACUCCGUUUUGGGUUCCCUGCACAUGCUGACCUACAUGGCCCACAGAAUUUCCAGUGAAGGAUUCUACGCUGCUUUCACUGCCCCUGAUGACUCCUUUGACGACGGACCUGUUGGAUUCUGGUUCCUUUUGUUUACCCUUGGAAAAGUGGUAGAACUCGGAGACACAGUUUUCCUAUUGCUCAGUGGGCGCAAGAUCAUGUUCUUGCAUUGGUGGCAUCAUGCCACCAUGCUGCCAUGCUGCUGGUAUGCGCUUCAGGCCAAGAUCCCAAUGUUCCGUGCUUGUACAACAAUCAACUACAGCAUCCAUGCCGUCAUGUACUCCUACUUCGCACUCAAUGAUACAAGUCUCUGCGAAGACAAUCCCAACUUUCGCUACACAUGGGCUCAGAGAAUCACAACCAUGCAAUGCACACAAUUUGUCCUUUGCUUGAUGAUCAUUGCUACGGGUGCUUAUGACAGGUUUAUGUACAACAAUACCGAUAUCCCCUACCCCUCAGUCGUCUUGUCCUACUUUAUCCUUGGAGGCUACUUGUACUUGUUCCUGCAGUUUGCUGAGGAAAAGUAUGCCUACAAAUCUCAGGUUCGAAGAGCUGUCAUACAGCUUUAUGCGAAGUAUGCUGUCGCCAGCGCAAGCAAUGACACCCAAUCAGAAGACUCCCAAGUUCCAUGGCACAGAUCCGAUUUGACAUUGGAGCAACGUUUCCAAGAGGCCACUAAAAUGGCAGCCAUGUUGUAUGGUUCGGCAACCAAAGAGGACUUGGAGGCCAUGUACGGGUGUUACAAACAGGCACGGGAAGGACCCAUGCCACAGGAAAUGGCCAACAGCCCAGAGCCAACACACGAUGAAAAGGCCCUUACCAAGUACCGCGCCUGGAAGUCUGUUCAAGACUUGACGCAAGAACAGGCACAAGAGAAGUACAUUAGCAUUAUGGAUGUCCUCCGUGAACGAUCUCAAGCCAGUACCGAACAAAACAAACAACAGCGACGAAACAAAAAGCAAUCAGCUGCCACCAGUGGCGCUGCCAACCAAAAGUCGGGAAUUCUCUACCCAGUCAGGAUUGCAGGACACGGAAGAUACCUUCCCAGAAGGGUGGUGACCAACGACGAGAUUGAAGAGAUGGGAGGUUUCGAGUUGUCAUCGCAAGAAAAGAAACGAACCGGUGUGCUUCAACGACACUAUACGGAUGUCGAUGGGGGUGAGAAUCUUGUUCAAAAUGGGGCGAGGGCGAUUCGGGCUGCAUGUGCCAAAGCUGGAAUUGAUCCUGAGGACUUGGAUCUGAUUAUUGGCGGCUUUGGUGGUCAUCAGGUUCUGCCAGACGAUGCAACUCUGGUCCAACGUGAACUCGGAUUGGGUGAGAGCGGCAUUCGAGCUUUCACUGUCCAUGCCACGUGUCUUUCCUUUUUGGUGGGCAUGGAAGUUGCUGGCUCCUUCAUGCGGGAUGGAAAAUACCAAAAAGUGGCAGUUUUUUGCUCGUCCAUUUCCAGUGUUGGCAUCUACAAGACGGACCCUCAUACCGCUGGCUUGUUUGGUGAUGGAGCCGCUGCAGUGAUCUUGGAACCAGCAUCCAGCGGAAACAAUGGCAACAGCAGCGUGAAUGACGCUGGUAUUCAUGGUGUGCACAUGGAAACAUAUGGCAUUGGUGCAGAUACCUGUCGCAUCAGGGGAGGUGGUAACCAUCGCCCAUACUACCGUCCCGAUUAUGACGAGCGAGAGUCUUAUUUUGAAAUGGAUGGACAAGGUACACUGUCACUUGUUUCCAAGUAUGCUCCUGCUGCACUCCACAACUUCAUCCCUGGUCUGGAACGAGGUCUGAACAAUUUGAAGCUACCUGGGUCUGAUGAACGCGUGACUGUGGAUUGGGUAGUUCCCCAUCAAGCUUCUGCUGUUGCUGUGGAUUCCUUGGCCAUGUUUGGUUGGCCGGACGAAAAGAUCUUGAAAACCUUGCACAAGUAUGGCAACUGUGUCUCCUCAUCGCUUCCAUUGACCUUGUGCGAUGGCAUCGACAACAACACAAUCAAACGAGGAGAUCGGGUUCUACUUUGUGGAACUUCUGCAGGCAUAAGCUGUGCUUCCAUGCUGUUGACAUACUAAAUUGACAAUGGAACGGCAAUUUGGCUGUUGGAAGAACAAAGGCAAGCGCGCUAGCUAGCUAGUAAUACAUGUAAUUAUUUGAAAGUGGUAUGAC